AUGGCAAUCGAUUUUUCAAACAUCACCGAGUCAGCUCAAAUGGUAGUCAUGUGGAGUGUAGUAGAACCUGAGCUCGCCCUCAUCUGCGCCAACAUGCCUCUACUCAAGACUGUUUUGUCGUACAUGAUGCCGUCAUUCUUCUCCUCCUCUAACCGCCGCAACAAUUACGACAAAUAUGGCUCCGAGCAACAGACUUUCUCUCGACUACAAGACGGCCAGAUGCCGUCAGCUAAUACCGGUCCAAACACCAUCUACCCAAUGAAAAGACUGGAUCUAGUCCAGAAUCGCAGAGAAUCCUCGGGAAAGGAGGAGACAGAUUUGCAAGUACGGAAAGCCUUGAAUCCCACAGCUUGGGCGUACCUAUUGGUUUAG